AUGUAUACCAGGCUGCGACAGGCGAUUGUUGCGUCGUCAUGGGUGUUUUCAGCCAUUCUCCUGGCCGAUGCGGCUCCCGACCGCCCGAACAUCGUCUUCAUCUUGACAGAUGACCAGGACAACCAUAUGGGAACCCUGGAUCAUAUGCAGUCGCUGCAGAAGCAUUUGGUCCAUCAAGGCACCACGUUUGAGAGACAUUAUUGCUCCACGGCUAUAUGCUGUCCAUCCAGGGUCAGUCUGUGGACCGGACAGCUUGCUCACAACACCAACGUAACAAACGUGAAUCCUCCGUGGGGAGGUUAUCCCAAAUUCGUCCAGAAUGGAUACAAUGACCACCACCUUGCCCUCUGGCUUCAACAGUCAGGCUACAACACCUACUACGUAGGAAAGCUCUUCAACGCCCACACCGUCUAUAACUACGACUCGCCUCCAGUCAGCGGCUAUACUCAGUCCAACUUCUUUCUUGACCCUUUUACCUACCAGUACUACAAUGUCAGCACCACCAAGAACGGAGCGCCUCCAAUCAACCCCGUCGGUAAGUAUUCCACCGAUAUCGUGGCCGAGAGCGCCGAGGAGUUCCUCAAUCAUGCUCUCCAAGACGACAAAUCUCCCUUCUUCAUAACUCUUGCGCCAAUCGCACCCCAUGCCCUCGUGGGCGAGGGCUCAACAGGAGCCUUUGAUCCUCCGCAGGUUGCAGAGCGGCACGAGGGCCUCUUCCCCGAAUACAAGAUCCCCCGGACGCCAAACUUCAACCCGGAUUCUCCCAGUGGCGUUGGCUGGAUCUCAAAACUCCCAAAAUUCAACGAUAGCGUUGUUGAUUAUGGCGAUGAAUAUCAGAGGCUGCGUCUCCGGUCGCUGCAGGCGGUAGAUGAGAUUAUUGAGUCCGUCGUCACUCGUCUCGACGAAGCCGGCGUGCUCGACAACACCUUCAUCUUCUACACUUCGGACAAUGGCUACCACAUUGGCCAGCAUCGGCUUCAUCCUGGCAAGACGUGCGGCUUCGAGACCGACAUCAACGUGCCUCUCGUCGUCCGUGGGCCUGGCGUUGCCGCGCAGCGAAUCACCCGCGCUCCCUCUUCACACACGGAUCUCGCUCCUACGAUAUUGAAAAUCGCCGGCGUUGAUAUCGACGACAAGAAAUUCGAUGGGUCGCCUAUUGACAUUUAUGAUGCUGCGGCUGAGCCUCGCUCCGAACAUGUCGCCGUUGAGUUUUGGGGCUUUGGGCUCGCCGAGAGCAUCUUUGGGAGAGAGAAUGGCGUGCCUCUUUAUGCCAAUAAUACGUACAAGGGACUUCGCGUUGAAGCAGAGGACUAUGGAUUCUAUUACUCCGUCUGGUGCAGUAAUGAAAAGGAGCUCUAUGACAUGAAGACCGAUCCAGGACAGAUAAAUAAUCUUCUCUCGCCCAAGAACGCGCAGCCCGGCACCAUCACUCUCGUCAUCAACAGCCAACAGCAAGAAUGGCCUCUUGAUCGAGUGGUCGACCGCCUGGACGCUCUCAUGAUGGUUCUCAAAUCCUGCAAGCAGCAUUCCUGCACUCACCCCUGGGAGAGCCUUCACCCAUCGGGCAACGUGAGCAAUCUCCUCGACGCGCUUUCAUCCGCCUAUGAUGAUUUCUACAGGGAACAAGUAAAGGUGAGUUUCACUCAAUGUGAAGGUGGAUAUAUUGUCGAAUCAGAAGGGCCGCAGGACUACCGUGCCUUUGAAACUACAGGAGAGUUUGGCGAUGGUAGCAUUUACGAUGUACCAGGGCAGCAAGUUUUAGUCAACCCUGACUGGAGCCUGUGGGAGUAG